UGAUGACGUCCCUUUGUUUACUACCAAAUUAAUAUUUAUUAUCCUAUUUAUAGAGGUGUUUUUGUAUGUAUCCACGUCGAAGUAGCCGAUUGUUUGAAGAUAAAAAAGAAAUGUAAAACUUCUUAUCGUGGCAGAUCAUAUCGAAUAGCAAAAUCUUUUGUCCACAAGGCAUGCUUCUUAUUUGGUCAGUAUUUUUUAGAAUUUUAGCUGAAAUGCUGCAGACUCGGCAAACUGUUGGCACUUCAAUAUGUUUGAGAGUGUAAAAUAUACCGCAAUAGAUAAGGCUGAAGAGGAAGUCGCGAUAAUUGAAGAGGAAUCAGUAGAAUUUGAACCAAUGAAGCGGAAAUUUUGUACACCAUCUUGUCUUUGGUCCGCAGUAUUUACUGGGGCCCUUAUUGGAACUUAUUACAUACCUUCUGUAGGACUUACAUUCUAUCAACGAUGGCUACUUCAGAGAUUCCCCUUUCCUCUGCUGACUGUAUUGGUGCACAUGAUGGUAAAAUUUUUACUAGCGGCUUUGGUUAGAUUAUGUUUGCCUGGAACGCAGAACAAACCUAGGGCAGCCGUAGGAUGGAGAGACUAUAUUCUAGCUGUAGCUCCAACAGGUCUUUUCAGUGGUAUUGAUAUUGGUUUUUCGAAUUGGGGCUUAGAAGUUGUCACAGUUUCUUUGUAUACAAUGACAAAAUCCACAACAAUAGUGUUUAUUUUAUUUUUCUCCAUUUUAUUUAAACUGGAAAAAAAGUCUUGGAGCCUCAGUUUCAUAGUCCUAAUGAUAACAGCAGGACUUAUACUUUUCACCUAUAAAUCGACCCAAUUCAAUUUUGUUGGCUUCGUUCUCCUACUGAUAGCGUCAAUUUCGAGCGGUCUGAGAUGGACUUGCGUCCAACUGCUGCUUCAAAAAUCCAAAAUGGGCAUGACAAAUCCUAUCGAUAUGAUCUAUCAUAUGCAACCGUGGAUGAUUGCUUCAGUUUUGCCUUUUGCUUUAUGGAAUGAAGGUUUUGACAUUGUACGAAGUUGCCAGGUGUUUGGUUUUAUGGAAAUGCACAAAUUUCUAAUGCUGUCGUUGAAAGUAUUAUUAGGGGCAUUUAUAGCGUUUUUUAUGGAAUUUAGUGAAGUCACUUUAGUUACCUAUACUUCCAGUUUGACUCUUGCCAUAGCUGGGAUAUUCAAAGAAGUAUUUAUAUUAGCUUUAGCAGUAGAAGUAAACGGAGACAUGAUGUCACCAAUAAACCUAACAGGACUUUUUAUAUGCCUUUGCGGCAUUUCAGGACAUGUGAUACAUAAAAUUAAGUCUACACCACAGACUAGGCAAACGGGCAGGGGUUACGAACAAGUCAAUGAACGAUACGAACUGGGUGAAACUUUAAUUGAAGACGAUUACCUUCAGGCUGAUGAAAGUGAGGGUGAAAAAAGCGAUACACAAGUAUUAUUUGAUAUUUUGAAUCGGGAGAAACGUUAUAGUUUUUAAUUUUUCUCCUUUGACUGCUGGCAUUUAGUUAGUCUUUGAUCAAAUUUUAAAUUCUUAUGAAUGAUUUGUGCUCGAGUUUUGUGUGUCGUAUUAUAUUACUUAGAAAAUGUGAUGUUUCUUAAUAAUUUUAGUGAUAGUAUUUUAUGCAGGCUGUCAAUAAUUGGUGUAUAUUUUAUGUCCUGUAUUUUUAUUUUUUGUUAUACAUUGUUAAACAUUCCAUAUAUUUAUUUAGGGCAAAUAGUUGAUUUUGUUACUGUUUUCAUUUUUAUAGAAAAUAAUCUACCAAUCUAUGCCAUAUGUUGUAAAUAUUCUUAUUCUAUCAAUUAGCUCCAAUAUCCAUAGAUUGAAUAUUAUUUUCCUGUAACUCUUUAGAAACCAUUACCUACUUGACUGCAAAUUUAUUUUCUAUUUUAUAAUAAUGUAAAUAUCAAUAUUGUAUAUCUGUAUGUUAUUUUGUAAAUAAACCAUGAAUAGACACUU